GGGAAUCUGUUUCAUUGUUGCGUGGGGAUUUCGUAACAGAGAGAUACGAGAGAGAGGAGCGGAGAAACCCACAGCUGACUUACUGGCGCUGUUGUCUUCACACAGACAGACGCCAUAGACACAUACGAGAGCUUUUUUGCUGUGAAUAAUCAAGGUUUAAUGCUAGUAUGAACCCGCCGUCCUGACACCAUUCACCAUACAGUAAUGCAGGAGAGGAUGAAGAGGCACGCGGCGGGUGCGCUGCUGACACUCUGCGUGAUUUUAGAGUGCAUAGAAGCAAAGAAGUACUGCUGGUAUUUUGAAGGAGGAUAUCCAAUCUAUUUCAUAUGUCGCUCAUACGAGGACUGCUGUGGGACGCGCUGCUGUGUUCGAGCUCUCUCCAUCCAGAGGCUCUGGUAUUUCUGGCUGUUGCUGAUGAUGGGCGUGCUUUUCUGCUGCGGUGCAGGUUUUUUCAUUCGUAGACGAAUGUAUCCAUCUCCACUCAGCGAUGACCCUGCCUUUAACGUGUCAUUUACUAGACACCCUGUUAGUUCACCAGUCUCCCAACAGCCAGGAAUGCAAGGCUACAUUGACCCCUGCGGUGCCAUGACAACGGCUUUUGGCCCCGCCCACCCAGGUCAACCCACCCCGCCGCUUAUGAUGAGCUCCUACCCGCCUCCCCCGUCCUACUGCAGUCACCCACCACCCUCUUAUGAACAAGUCCUCAAGACCGCAGAGAAGAAGAACCACAAUGAAUCAUCACAAUGAACGGCAAAAAACUGUCCAGUGACUUGAACUAGCAACAUACACGGCUCAGAAAGACCGCAGUAUCUGAUUUUCUUUUGUGCCGACUCAUUUUUGCUCGCUCUCCGUCUGUGGAUAAGUGCACAAUGGAGAGGGCUGGCUAGAUGUGAAAGAGAAAUUUUGGACAUUGAAAGAAUAAAUGGACUUGGAUUGAAAAAACCUGUCUGAAAUUCAGAAACUCUGUAGGAGCCUUUGACACUUUUCUUCGAAACAGUGUGUAUUCUCAUCCCCAGCAUAUUUGAGAUGUCAUUUCGCCUAAAGCGGACUUCGGUCGGAGAGGCCAGGUGUAAGCAAUCCGUCGUCCUUCGGGAGAACAGGUGUUUCUGAAGCAAAGAUGAGAUGCCAUGGAAAUUAAGCAGCGGAUACACGACAUUAAUUCGAUGACCCUGCAAUGUCACGAACUUAAGACGGACCUUAUAAAUAGGCCGACUGAUCUCAAGUCUUAUUCAAACUACCUAAACCUGCCAACAAGAAAUUGGCUGUUGCUUACUCUAAAUGGUUGAAUGGGUUAAGAAACUCUGCUUUGAGUAUGAUACAGUAUGAGACUAAUUUGUUUCUUAUGAGAAAUGUGAAAUAGAUGAUGAGCUCUUAAGGAGGGAGUCUGUUGAUGCCCUGAUAACACUUCACAGUAGGAGACAGAUGAUUAAAUUCACAUUUUGCAGUUCAUUUCAUCUAUAAUGCCUUGAUUUUGCCGACAGGCAAAGAUUCGAACAUUUUAUUUGGUUGAGCUCAAUCCGUUGGCCUUUACUAUCUCGUGAUUAGUUUGAAUCUAUUUGUACAAAGUACUAAUUAUUGGAAUACAUUUACCUUUGAAUAAUGAUUCACCCCGAUGAGAAAUAUUGUUGUGUUUUAUGUUGGUAUUUGAAGCGAGUGAUUCAUUUAGUUCAAUAACGGCUUAAAAUAGCUCUGGGUUUACCACCUUCAAGUAUCAUUUAAAGCAGUGGUUCCCAAACUUUUUCCCCCUUGUGUAUGGUGCAUUCCUUCGCGGCCCCCCAAAGAAAAUUAGUGACAAAAAACUGUUCUAAACUCAACAUUUUACUAAAACACAUAUUAAAUUAUACAAAAAAGUAGUGCUUUGGUUAUUAGCCUUAUUUUUAUGUUUAAUUACACAGAAUUCAUGAUAAAUUAAUGUAUUUUAUAAAAUGACAUAAAACUGGGGCCCCCCUGGCACCAUCUCGCAGCCCCCCAGUUUGAAAACCCCUGAUUUAAAGGACAAAAUGUGUGCAAAUUGUUGCAAUUUGGCAGCACAGGUGAAGAAUAAACGAACACAUUUACUUCCGUAAAAACAAUUUCACAGAUUCGGAAACACAGAUUGGCAUUUUGAACUGAAACGACAAUGCAUACCUGCCGUAUUUUUGUUUUUCAUGGUAGUCAGUGUCAUGUUGAAUUAUUUGGUAUUUUGCGUACUGUAUUCGUAAAGAUGCUAUGUGUUAGUUUUAAUACUACAUAUUGUGUAAAAUGGCCAUACUUGCUGGCAGAUAAUUUAGGUUUCCAUAGACAUCACACUUUCCCUACUGAAAAAAACGGCUAAAACCAGCCUAAGAUGGGUAGUUUUGGUUUUAGUUGGUGUAGCAGGCUAGGCUUUGGCCAAUGUUUUAGCCAGUGGCCAAUGCAUAAACUGUUUAGACGUCUUACAUAUUAGUCAUUGUUUUUUUUUCCCCUUCAAAACUGAUUUAUAUGUGUAGAGAUAUAAAUGUAGACUGAUCUCAUUUCAGUCUGAAAAGUAAGAUUGAUUAGCCCUAGUUGGUCAGACUAGUUCUUAAAGGAAUAGUCUACUCAUUUUCAAUAUUAAAAUAUGUUAUUACCUUAACUAAGAAGAGUUGAAACAUCCCACUAUCAUCUGUGUGCGUGCACGUAAGCGCUGGAG